UGUUGACUCUACAGAAGACAGUACAUUCACGUAAUUUAACACACGGCGAAUGUAAAAAAAAAUGUCUUUGGCAAAAAACAAGCGAACUCGAGUUGGUGGCGUUAUGAAGGACGCAACAUGGAAAAAGCUGGGUUUCCUUCCUGCGUUUAAAGACGCAAAGGAUGGGGAGGCAAAAAAGUACCGUGCUUUGUGCAUCCACUGUCGAAAAUGCCAGACGAACACCAGUAUUGACAGACUGAUUAUUCACAGGAAAUCAUGCUCCAAAUUCCGUGAGGAUCUUACUGAGAAGCUGGGGGUAAAGACAGAAGCGUCCGAUUCCACUGUGACGGAGCCAGACCAAGCCGCCUCCGAAACGGGUCAAUCAACUAUUGAGUAUUCGACGGCCAAUAUACUCGACAAAAUUCUAGAUGAUGAUGAGGGCAGUGGGCGGAAUCCGGAAUCCACCUUGGUGAGCUACCUGACAGAUCUGGAUCAAAUAGUUGCAACGCCAUCCGAUACCAAUCGACUGCAAAAAGAUCUCAUUAAGGCGGAGACAGAAUACCUGGUGGCCAAAUCUGAAUACUUCGUUAAAUUGAAUGAAAUUUCCGAACUAAAACGGACUGUCACUAUGUUGGAGGCGAAAAAGACACAGCUAGAGAUCGUUAAACUGCGAGCAGAGUGCGAGUAGUCAUAGUUUUAAAAGUACGACACAGUAAAAAUUUCUUUUGAAUAAAUAAAUUUGUAUAUA